GUAAAAAAAUCAUAACGUUGAUUACAUGAGGUUAUUUUAUUAAAUACAAAAUAAAAGUACAUUAAAAUAUCUAACUAAGUGCAAAUAAAUACAAAUAACAAGAAAUCCUUUUCUUAAGUUUACUAAAGUGGGAGUCGUCAGUGUUUUAUUGAGGGAAACGAAGGACGAAUAGUUUGUUACAAAAUGCCUCCACCACCAAAAAAGGCACCUACAAAAGGUGCUAAGCAAAUCCUCAGUGAAAAUACAGCUACAGUACUUUUCUACCGCAAUAUGGCCUUAGCCGCGUGUGCGUUUUACAGCAUUCUGACCGGCGCAUUGUACUACGAUCAACUCACUGGAUGGAUCAUUUUUCUGAACGUGUUUGUGUUGGUGAUUUACAUCGGGUGCUACCGCAUGAUGACGUACAUCAGUCGACCGACGUACGCGGACAACAGCCAGCUCAUUGAUCCGGGCCUCGACUUGAACAUGGAGGGUGGGAUGGGAGAGCACGUGAAAGACAUAGUGAUCCUGACAUCCAUAACGCACGUGCUCGCCGUCGCGUCCAACUAUUUCUGGCUGCUGCUGGUUCUGCUGCCGCUGCGAGCCUUCUGGCUGCUCUGGACCAACAUCCUCGGGCCCUGGUUCUUCCAAGAGGCGCCGCAGGACACGGAACAGAGUGAAAAGAAACAGAAGAAGUUGGAAAGGAAAAUGAAGCGGUAUCAGCAAUAGUUUAAGUGCAGGAUUCGCUAAGAGCCACUUGCACCAUCCGUCUAACCCGGGGUUAACCAGUUAAACUGUUAACUCAGUGUCAAAUUGUACUGGUAACCAUGGUAACUCCAGGUUUAACCGGUUAACCCCGGGUUAGUGAAUGGUGCAAGGAGCCCUAAGCUGGACUUCCGAGCAAAGCGGCUCUGAUGCAACGGCCGCAGCGUCAGAGUCGCUGCGUCAGUGUCGCAGCGUUAACUGACGCAGAUUCGCUUCCGAGCGGCGCGACUCCGGCGACAGUCGCAGUUGUUAUUCCAUACGGUACAGACGUGAUAUACUUAUGAUAAACCGAUCAAUUAUGAAAAUAUUUUUAGAAGAAGAGGAGGCUCACGAUCUUUACUUUUACAGUAUGAACGAAGCCUACCCAACUCAAUUUUCAAAAGUAGAAUAGACGAAGGCACUUAUAGCAUCUUGAAAAAAAAGUAUUUAAAUGAGAACGAUGACAAAUUCAGGAGUUUUUGUCGGUUUAAUAUUAUUUUUUUUAGAUAUUUUAAAUAUUGACAUAGCUCUCAAAACUACGUGCUAUGGCAGCGACUGCGCGACAGUGCUUGCGCAGACGUAGCACGGCCGCUAACGCUGAGCGAUACUGACGCGGCGCCAAUGUCGCUGCGAUAGUGACGCUGCGCUCGGAAGUAAGUUCAUACAUUUCCAUACUGCAUAAUACUAUCGCUCUGUCGCCGCGUCAGUGUCGCUGCGUUAGUGUCGCCGGAGCCGCUUUGCUCGGAAGUCUACCUUAAGGCGGUGACAUGUGUCAUAAAAGGCUGAUUUUUUGGUAUCGUCUUGGGUCGUCCCAUUCGUUUUUCGUCAAGUCCUUAAAUUAGUCCUAUUCUGCUUUCGUCACGCAUUCUACAUUGAAAGCC